GCAUCAGCUGUUUAAACGUCAAAGUUUGACGAAAUACAAAUGCAAUCAGAAAAAAAGUAUUUUUAACACCAAUUUCUAAUCGAACUUAUAUUAAAUUUAGCGGUAUAGAAUAUAGAAAAGAAUACACUAGGAAAUGUCUGGUUGGACCCGCGGCAUUAGCGCCGGCCGCAUGCGAGCCUGGCGUGUGCACGCGUAUGGCCCCGGCGAGUUGCGGCUGGAGACGGCGCGCGUGCCGACACUGCGUGCGCCCGACGACGUACUCGUGCGCGUGCGAGCCGCGUCGAUCAAUCCUCUCGACCUCGGCAUGAUCGGAGGUUACGGUGCUCGCGUUUUGAAUACUCUACGAAAACUGGAGGGUGCCGACGUCGAGUUUCCUCUUGUGGUGGGACGUGACUUCGUGGGAGAAGUGGAGCUCGCUGGUGCAGAGACAAGUCUCCGUCCAGGCGACCGCGUGUGGGGAGUGGUGCCACCGCACUGGCAAGGGGCUCAUGCACAGUACGUCCUCGUCAAGAACCGUUGGGUUGGUCCGGCGCCGCGCGCUCUGAGCGACUCUGAGGCCGGCGGCGCGCUGUACGCGGCGCUGUCGGCGUGCGCGGCGCUGCGCGCGGCGGGGCUGGAGCCCGCGCGCCGCCGCCCGCGCCGCGCCGCGCGCGUGCUGCUGCUCGGCCUGGGCGGCGUCGGCCACGCCGCCCUGCAGCUGCUCGUCUGCAGCGGCGCGCAGGUCGUCGUAGGAUGUUCCGACGAUCUUCGCGCGAGAGCCACGGAGUUGGGCGCGGUGGCCGCACUCGACAGAAAUUCACCAGAUUACGAUCGUCUGCUCGAGGAGUCCGGCCCGUUCGAGGUGAUCCUGGACUGCGCGGGUGUGGGCGGGGCGGAGGCGGGUGCGCGGCGCUGGCGGUUCUCGCGCUUCGUGACGCUGAGCUCGCCGCUGCUGCUUGAGACGGACGCGCACGGCAUGCUAGCGGGCGGGCUGCGGGCGGCGGGCGCGCUGGCGGAGCAGUGCGCGGGCGUAGCGCGGGCCGGUCCGGCGCCGGACGGGUCGUGUCCGCCGCAUGUGCGCUGGGCUUACUUCAUGCCCUCCGCCGAGCACAUAGAGAUGCUGAGGCGACUGGCCGAAAGGGGAAAGUUCUCAGUGCAGGUGGCGCGCUCGUACCCGUGGUGGGAGGGCGGCGCCGCCUACGAGCGCGCGGCCGCGCCCCACGCGCGCGGCAAGCUGCUCAUUGACUUCGCCGCCUCGCCGACACCCUCGCCGACACCCUCGCCGACACCCUCGCCGACACCCUCGCCGACACCCUCGCCGACAGACUCGCCGACGAUCUCGACGAACCCACGUGUUAUGUGAUACGAACUGACGCCCUGACCGAUUAGUUUAAUGUUUAGUAAUUUUAAUAUUCGUAUAUAAGAUGUGACGCAAUCGUAUAAUGGCCGGUGCAGCUGUAGGUUUCAUUGUGCCGUGACGAAGAGCUUGCAUUAAACGACACUUGGAGAUGU